ACUCUAUACACAAACAUAUACACAUUUAUAUGAACAUUACCAGCGAAGGUCACUUCAAGAUCACCUUUUUAACUUCCCUGAGUAAGUACUUUUUUUAAAGAAAUACUACUUUAUACAGUAUAUUCCCUCUCACGGCCCUGAGCAUUUCAAUUAAGAGUGAAUAUGAAUAAUUCUGAAGCUCAAAGCCAGAGAAUGAGAUUAUAUUGUGUGAUGUCAUCAGGAUUUACAGCCUGAAGCUGCUUCAUUGACAAAGAGCAGGAGUAGGUCUUCAGUUAUUGGAGCUUUUACACUCAAAUGAGAUUUAUUCUGAAGUAGCAUAACUAUUCUGAGGCAGAAAAUGUGCUCAUACUCUUGUAAAGCACCUCACAGUGUCCUCACUGUCACCUUCUCAGUCUCAUUUAAUUCAUUCCACCUCCAUACUGCAUCUCUGUGACAGCCCACAUUAGCUGGCAGGUUCCAUUUUUCUUGUGUUUAUGUUUGCAAUAAACUUUUCACAGUGAUCUCUUGCAUAGUUGUUAAAACCAGUACAGCUAAUGUUGAAUGUUUACAUCUAGAGGUGUUCUCUUUUAAAAGAAAAGUACAACCCACUCACUUCAAGAGUAAUUUAGUUUUUAUUACAUCUUCGGUUUAUUCGCAUCGUUGCGGUGGUCAUUCCUAGGUAAGAAUAAAAUAUUGAUAUAUUACUCAAGAGGUUGAAUGCGAGAAUAACGCUAAGAAGACAGAGGGGGCAAAAAACACAGUCUGGUUGUUAUCGACACUUUGGAUGUGCUCACUUUUGAUUUAACGACUAAGUCAAGUGUUUAAACUGGUCAAACUGUCGGCUUGUUUACAACCAGUCUGAUCGUCCAAUUGCUUGUGUUUCUUGCCCUGUCCGAUUUUGUUGUAGCAAUGUUGCUGUGUUUCUUGAGAAAAGGUUACUACAACUGCUUAAAAAUGAUGGUGAAAACCCAAAUUGCCCUUAGCUGCCACUAAAAAGGCAAACAUGUGGAUCAAAGAUAGAUUAUCUCUGAGGGCUGCAGCAGCAAAGACACAUAGAAACAAUCUGAUUCUCUCAGCAAAUGUUUGGCCUGAAUGUCUACCUGGCUAAUGUCUGACUAGUAUAUAAUGUUUAUAUCACUACAUAUAGUCUCAUGCCUCAUGUCUGUCUGUGCAUGGCGCCCCCUGUAGGAGCAGCAGCAGCUGUGUGCAGCACUGCAGGAGACCAAAGUUCUUCUGGAAGAACAGCUGGCCGACGCACGAGCGCGUUGCUCCUCGCUAAGGGAGCUCGAGAGGGACAAUCUUCUGCUGCGUCAUAAAAUCAUAGACGUGGAAGCGGAGCGGGACACCGAGAGGCAGCGGGUUGAUGAGCUGCUGGAGAUGAACAUGAGCCUUGAGGCGGACCUGAGGCACAGCAGCAGCAGCGGCGGCGGCAACUUUUCUGCUCCAGUUCACCGACGUUUCCUCCAAUCAGAACUGGACUCUGACGAAGAGCUGAGAGACCUGAUUGAUCAGAAGCCGCUGAGCGUGGAGGUGGGCGAGGCUUCGACGCUGAUGCUGCUGGGAGCGGAGCAGGAGAACGCCGAGCUGAGGAGACGACUGGAGGAGCUGCAGGCCCAGCAGGAGGCUGAUUCUCCAGAUGCAAAGGAUGAGCUGGCUUGCCUGGAGACGGAGCAUCAGAACACACUCGGAGAGUUUCAAAACUUGAAGAAUGAAAAUGCCACUUUGAAGCAGCGCCUUGAACAGCUGGUGACCAAACUGCAACAAAUAGAAGACGAGAAGAAGGUGGAAGGAGAGAAGAAGCCAGACAGAAAGGAGGAGAUGAAGGUGGAGAGAGGAGUCCAGGGCUCUGAAUCCUGCAGGGGAGAGGGGGAAGGAAGGGUGAGGAUGAUGAGGGUGAGAGAGAGAACAGGAGAAAUCAUUGGAACCCCGAGGGAAGCAGGAGUUGGUGAAGAGGUUCUCCAUGUUGAAGGAGAAAAUGAAGAACCAUGCGAUGAGGACGUUGAGUCCAAAAGGAGAGGAGAGGCAGAGGGAGGACAGAAAGAGAAGGAGAAAGAAAUGCAAAUAAAGAAAGAACAGACUGCUGUAGCAACAAACUCCGAGAUCCAAAAUCACUCAAAAAGCGUAGAAAAUAAUUCAAACACAGCUGCAGGCCAGGAUGUUUGUUCCCUGUCUGGUGCUGAUGUGGAGCUUCUGACGAACCGGCUCCAGGAGGCCGAUGAGGAGGCUGACCGACAGGCGAUCGUGGCCCAAGACCUGCGCUCCAAGCUGGGGGAGCAGAGCAAGAAAACCUGGGAGGCUGAGCAGAGGCUGGUGGUCCUGGAGGCCGAGCUGCAGCGUCUAAAGAAAGCAGCAGAGAGUCUGGGAGACGCCCGCAGGCAGAUAGAGGGUCUUCAGUCCGAGGGUCUGGUUAUGGAGGAGGAGCUCUGCCGCCUGCGGAGCCAAGCAGAGCUUCACAGGAUGCAGACCACGGUCAUCGCCACCCUGGAGGGAGAGCGGGCUGCACUGGAGAGAGACAGGGACACACUACGCAGCACCAUGGACGCCCUGCGCACCGCCCAGCGCACCGCCCAGCGCAAGAGUGACCAGCUAGAGCUCUCCUCUCAGACUCUCAGGGCAGAGGUGGAACGACAAGGUCGGAGUUUGGAGACUUCUCGUCGUCGGGAAGAGGAGCUGCAGGCAGAGCUCCGUGAGGCAACUGUGGAGGCCGAAUCUCUGGCCCGGGCGCGAGACCAGGCGCUGCUGGAGGCGUCAAGGCUGGAGCAGGAGAAGGAGCUGUGUCAGUCGGAGCUGGACAGCCAACGGAAGGAAGGGAGGCAGAGAGAGAGAGAGGCAGCGAGGCUGAGGCAGCAGCUGGAGAGCACAACCCUGGCUCUGGAACACAGCAACCAGAGAGCUCGGGGCCUGGACGCUGAACACAGGUACACACACACACACACACACACACACACACACACACACACUCCUGUUCACACACUUAACCCCGAUCACAAGCUGAGGUACGCAAUUAACUUUACAAGGCAUCAGAGAGAGCUACUUGGCUGCACUAUGUAUUUAUCUUUAAUGUCAACUCUAUCCUCAUUCAACCUGUGUCUGACCCAUGCUGCUGUGUGUGUGUCUGUGUGUGUCUGUGCGCGCAGCCGUGUGUGUCAGCAGCUGUCUGAAUCCAAGGAGCUCUGCACUCGGCUACAGGACCUUGAGAAGGAGUUCAGCACUCGAUUAACCAGCAUGGAGGAGGGUAAACAGCAGCUGCAGGAGCAGUAUGCAGAUGCUCAGGCCAAGAUUAAUUCACUGUCCCAGGACCUUUCCAAUGAGCAGGAACGUUCCCAGAAACUGUCCACUGAAGUCGAACGUCUGUGCCAGAAACUACAGAAAGCUGAGGCUGAACUAAAGACGACAACCGGUUCUCUCAACCAAUCACAGGAGAGAAUAGAGUCGCUCUGCCAGAGCCUUAAGAAAAGUGAAUCUCUUCUCCACUUGGAAAAGAGAAGAGGAAGUGUGGAGGUGGACACUACGUCCAAUUCAAAUUCAGACUCCUCAGACAAAGCACACAUUUCUCAGACACACACCCAGGAGACGUCACAUCUGGAUCAAUCCCCUGCAGCUGGCAAAGGUCGUGAUCUUUCCUUGACCCAUGGUUAUGCCACAGGAGAGACAGAGAGGCAGCUGAGUGAGCAGUUGAUAGAGCUGGAAAGAGAGAAAGCGGUGGUGAUUGCAGAACAGGAGGCUUUGCUGUCGCGGCUGUCUCAGUCCCAGGAGGCAUGCGAGCACCUUAAGGAGCAGCUGGAGGCUCUGCGCCGGCACUCCCUCAGCCUGCAGGACUCCUGCACCAGACUACAGACACUCAACACCCAGCUGCAGGUGGAGCAAGCAUCCCUAAGCUCCCAGCAUGCAGCAGUGCUGGCGCGCUGCAGUGAGAGUGAGGCCCGCUGUGCGGCUCUGGAGGCAGAGUCCAAGGUGUGGGCGCGGGAGCGCGAGGAGUCGGUGGCCAGGAUGGAGGCUCUGAGGCGGGACCACGAUCGGAUGACUGCUCUCCAGCAGCGGCAGGAGGUGGAGCUGGAGGAGCUGCUGGACAAACACUCUCAGCUGAGGGGCAACAACCGCAGCCUGGAGGCUCAGCACCGGGAGCUGGAGGCCAGGUACAAGGAGCUCUUGGACGGAAAAUCCCAGCUGGAUGAGAGAGAGCUGGAGGUGAAGAUGGAGAGAAAGGAGAUGGAAGCAGAGGCCCAGAGGAGACUUGAGAGGGAACGAGAGCUGGACAGGCUGAAAGAAGACAACGAGAGGCUGCAGGCCCAGCAGAAGGAGGGGUUGGCGUCACAGGCGGAGCUGCUGGCUCAGGGCUCGGUGCUCAGGGCCGAGCUGAGCAACUCGCAGCUGGAACGGACACGACUGGAGGGGGAACUCAGCGGCCUGAGGGAAACCAACCAGAGCCUGGACAUCAGCAGCGCCCGCCUCACCAGCCAGUACCAGCUGUUGACUCAGCUGAAGGGGAACAUGGAGGAGGAGAACCGACACUUAGCAGAGCAGAACCGGGCCUUACUGGAGCAGAGCCUGGAGCGCCGAGACCAGCACUACUCACAGCAGAGGGAGUACCAGGAGAAGCUGAGCGAGCUCCGUCGGGAGAAGCAGAAAUUGGUGGAGAAGAUUAUGGAUCAGUAUCGAGUCCUCGAGCCCAGCAUGCUACCUCCAUCCAGCAAAGCCAAGAAAUCUAACUGGAUUGCGGACAGGAUGAAGAAGCUAAUCAAACCACGGGGAGGAGGAAGAGAGGGACGCGCCCUCUUCACAGCCCUGGGCAGCGUGGAAAACCUGGCCGACAGCACUGAAUUUACGUCAGACACACACACACCUCAGCCUGACCCCCGCAGUGCUCCAGUCUCUCCCUCUCACAUGAGAAAAGCUCCCUCCCAGACAGAGCUGGACAUCUCGGCUCCCGGGACUCCAGCCAUGCGCGGGCGUCGUAAGCUGGGAUCCCGUCACGGCUGGGGGGGGCUUGGGUUGGCAAGAGCAGGUUCUGGAGUCUCCCAAUCCUUCAGUCCUGGUGACCACAAAACACCACCCCGCCUGCGGCUGUGCUCCAGCCAGAACAACUCCGCUGUCCUCUGGGAGGGACAAAGACGCGAAGCCAAUACACCCCAGACAGCAGACGCACUGUUGAGCAGUCAGGAGAGUGUCGAAGGGGAUGAAGAGACAAUCAACACUCCAGUGACGACACCACGACGACCUGAGACAGAGCAGUCGACUCUCAAUUAAAAAAACAGAUAUUUUUAUGCACUCCUGGCAAAAUGUUUUGAUGCAGCUUUUGAUAUGUCUGACUAUUUUAGAUACGAGAUCCUUCUAAUGUAUUUUUAAUAGCCUACAUGGAUGAAUACAUCCUUUUGGCAAUAGUUAGUGUAGUUAGUUGUGAACCAUCUUUCUCCUACACUGUAUAUAUAUAAAACGUUAUUAGUCAAAAAUAAAACUGAAUACAUCACUUAAAAUAUAUAUUUUUUCUUUACAACAAAUCAGUUGAUAAAUUACAUGAAAACUUAAUUUUUUCACUUUAUUUAUCUUUUACUUAGAUUGACUUUUCUUUGGUUUUGCCACAAAUGUUGUCGUUAUCUGUUCCCUGUUUUCAAACUGCUGUUUGCUUCCUAUUUCCUACCAAAAGUCAGCAUAAGUUUAUUUUAACUAGCCUAUGAACAAUCAUCCCCUAACAGAAUAUACAUUUUAGCCACAUCAGGAUCUUUCCCAUAACUAAGUUGUUUUUGUGCCAAAACCCAACCAUAGCUGCCAUACUUUUAUAUUCCUUUUUACACUCCAUGUUAAUUAUUGACUUACAAUAUUAUUUAUUGAUGCUUUCGGCUAUAUUUCUGACCUUUUACUACGUUUUUUUUAGUGUCAGGGCUCCGUACUCUACAUACAGACCCACGCACCAUCUGUGCAGUGUGUGUGGGCCCGCUAAAAUACAGAUGCUUAGUGAAGACACCAGGAAUAUCAAAGUAGAUUUUAUUACACCAUGUAUUUCUGUUUGAAAGUUCAGUGCUAGAAGUGCUUCAUCUUGUCUUCCAUAAACCUUCAUAGGAUUAACAAAAACAACGUUUUUUGGUCCUGAUCACCACCUCUGUAAGUUGGUUAACUGAAAGUCUCACAUAUUUUGUAGGAUAUUCUUCAAGGUAAAAAGGAGAAGCUAUUAGAUACUGAUAAAAGUAUUGAAUAUUAGCACUGACACACCCAAUAAAGAUGCCACAAUAAUUACUAAAGUAAAGAACUAAGUGAUUAAGUCAUCUGCAGUCCAGUUUGAUCGCUCAGAGUCAGAAUUAUGCAAGAAGAGAAAUAAAUAAAUCUAUGAUGAAGCUCCUUGUAACCCCAAGAUCUGAUCUGUGCACAGCAGGAUGAACAUGGAGAAACCCCUCCAUCUGGCUCACAUAUGGCUAUAAAUCCCAUUUCAUUUUAGGGUUCCUGUAAAAAUCAAGUCAUUGAUCUAAUGGCAAAUUAUCUGCACUAGCGCUUUAAUGAGAAUCCUCGCCAACUCCUUACACUGUCGCACCAAAUGGUGUCAGUGUAGAGCCGGCCAGACCUCUGCCAACAGACAGACAGACAGAUGAAGAGGAGGGGAAUUAGCAUGCAGCUUUCCAAAUGAGCAGACCUGAGAGUUCAUCAUGAAGCUAAAGGGCCCUCGUAUAAGACGGGCAGCUUCUAAAGAGCUCCUGACUCCCAGAUUAGGGCGAGGUUACGUCAGUGUUUCCGGUAGGGGUUGUUUUUGGAGCGUGUGUGAGUGCAGAAGACAACACUAAGGAUAGCGACAGGCCGUAGCUCCGUCUGUAAAGCCAGCCCUCCCCAAACACACAUCUUUGAAUUAUGAUUUGCAAAUGACAAAUGGGUCGCUAAUACAAUUCAUGAAUUAUGUAGUUGUCAUGGUGACAUUAAUCAAAAAAGCAGGCCCGUUCUCUCGGCUCCGAACAUUGUGUUUGUGGAAUUGAGAUGCAUGACGUGGGGCUGCACACCGAGCCGCCUGAGUGAGCGCAGGGCGAAGCGAUAGCAAGAUAUUGGUUCUGCCAGUCACUCUGAGGCUUAUUAUGAGUGCAAUGCAACAAUCACACGCCUUCAGGCACACAGGCAGACGGCGCCCACAGACAAAAAGUGAAGGUUAAAGGUCUUUACACACUGGGGGGGGGGGGGGGGGGGGGCAUUGUUUUUAUGUCAAUGUAUUUUUUUUGUCACGAGUACUUUAACACACGAACGCGAUUACUACGCUGCAAAAAAAGAGGCUUAUUUUGGCAUCAACCAAUCUUUUGUGCAGAAUGGGCAUAUUCAAAGACGACACUCAGAUACACUGUUGGUGCGUUUCUAUAUCGUCACUCAGAGCACAAACUGGGCCUGUUAGUAAAUCCAGAGUCCUGCUGGAAGGUAGCAUUCGGUUAUUCAGAGCACCACACUCUCGGCGCGACAGAGCGCCGUGAAUGUGUGAAAGUUAUUGGCUUGCCUUACAGUAGCUUAGGCUAAACAACAAUUCACCGCAGACAGACUGACAGAUGCUGCUCUGAGUCAUAAGGACCCCAGUAGUUGAUAUUCUGCCUGAGCGAAUUUAUUCCAAUAGUUUUGAGGUAAAAUAUUUGCAGCCGAGUAAUUUGCAUUUCCGUGUCGUUUAUUCGUCAUGUCCCCGGUGUGCAAAGGCCUUAAGGCUUUACAUUCUCAAUGAGCUAGCCUUGUGGUUACGCACACAGCGAGAGUGCUCGUUAUUUUUUCGAAUUUUUUGACCCACCCACAUUAUCAGUACAUUGUUAAAUAGGGGCAUUUUGAGGAGGAUGAAUAAAAACAGUAAUGCAAUUAAUUUGCAAUUGGACCCUUAUUUUUUUCAACAGGAUGUCUCGCUGAAAUAAACCAGUAUUUUUGUUUUUUUAAAAGGAAGGGUUUGUUUGUCCCUGAAAGCAUAACAAGCAGCAGCAACACAAAAUCAGUCAAAAAAAGCCUUAGAGGAAAAAGAGAGAGGGAGACAGCACAAAAUUAGUGAUUAAGUGCCACCUGUGAUUCCUAAAGGGACGCAUGAUGGAUGGUUGCCUUGGUUGACAUCAUGGUUGGAUCUCAAGAGUCCGCUCAGCUGCUUAAUUAUUGAGCACCUGAGGGGUGUGACACGAUCAGCGAUCAUCACUUUCUCAACCCUCCUUUUCAAUGAUUUUUGCCUUCCUCCUUUUGUAAAGUCUCUCUCUCUCUCUCUCUCUCUCUCUCUCUCUCUCUCUCU